CUCGAGAGUCGAACCCCAGAUUAAAACCACCACAUGUACCCACCUACACCUCUAGGGCGGUAGGGCCACCUACCUAUGUACUACAAUUGUUACAUACCUAACCUAGUACUCAUAUUACAUACCUUCCCUUCCAACCAUUAUUUUUUCAUUAUUUUGCCUUUUCAUACGGAUCAUUUUGGGGACAGACUUUCCUGGUCAAAAUACCUGAUAACUAGUUAGGGAGUUUCGAAUCUCACUUGCCAAGGUAUUGUGUGAAUUGGAACCAUCUAAACUCUCAACUCAUUACGCACCACUUUAUCCAUACGGGUUGUUGUUCUUGUGUGAAGAUACCACAUAUAUAAAAAGACAGAAAGACAGAACGACAGACAGACAGAAAGAAAGAAAGAAAGAAAGAAAGAAAGAAAAAGAGAAAGAAAGAAAAGAAAAGAAAGGGGGGGCCAUACCUCGUUUCUUGGUAUCAGAUGCCACAACUACAACUUUAUCAGAAAACCAGCAUGCGAUUUGUCCGUACAGUCGCACAAGGUAGCAAGUGAGGCAACCUGACCUGCAGCAGAAAGGCAGAAAGGGAAGGGUAAGGCCUGUCGGGUCGGAGUAGUUCUUCAUGGCCUGGGAAUGUGAGGAUAUUGAAGUCAAAGAGGAGAAGAGCGACUACUCGGAUGUAGAUGAGAAUGCAUCCACGAGAGAUUACAAGCAAACCCGCAUCCUAGAUGCAUGCUCACGCAAGAAUAUCCACGUUCUCCAAUUCCUAGCCGUAUCAAGAGGUGGAUUCCUCUCCGACGCCAUACGUCGCCAAGCAUGGCCGGUGCUCCUCGGCGUCAAUGUGGACGACCAUGCGGGAGAAAAGGUGGGAUCCGAUUCGUGGAAGACGCUUCCGCGACAUCGGGACGAGGACCAAGUCAAGCUCGACGUUGACCGAAGCUUCGUAUACUACCCAAACGAUGAUACUCCGGAGCAACUUGGCCGGAAGAAGUCCGAGCUCUCGGAUCUCAUCACAGAGGUCCUCAGGCGACAGCCAUAUCUGUGCUACUUUCAAGGUUACCAUGACAUCUGUCAGGUAUUCCUCCUGGUCUUACCGCCACCCCUACGCGCCACCGCCAUGGCGCGCCUAUCCGCACUGCGCAUCCGCGACUUCAUGCUCCCUAAUCUGGCGCCUGCCGUCGCACAGCUCAGACUAAUCCCAGACAUCCUACACGCAGUAGACCCCGCGCUGUGCGCGCACCUGUCUCGGAUUGAGCCGUACUUCGCGCUGUCCGACACCCUGACCAUGUUUGCGCACAACGUGCAGCACUACAGCGACAUCGCCCGUCUCUUUGACGUGCUGCUGGCACGCGAGCAGGUCUUCAGCCUCUAUGUAUUCGCACAGAUCGUCCUGCGCCGCCGCGACGAGCUCUUCGAGCACGAUGAGCCCGACAUGCUUCACUUCACCCUCUCGAAGCUGCCUGCGGAUCUCGACAUCGAAUCCGUCAUAACCGACGCCGCCAGCCUCUUCACCGCCCACCCGCCCGAGACCCUGCGCAGCUGGCGGUGCUCCAUCUCGAGCGCCAGCACCCUCAAAACCGCUCGUGACGUCCGCGUAUCCGCCGUCCAGGACCUCGCAGAUGGACACGCGUACUUCCAGAAGCAGCACAGGGAGCUCCGGUGGGCCGAGACGAAGGAGAAGACCCUCAAGAUCGUGUGGGCCAACCGCACCGUCAUCAUGGCCGUCGUCAUCGGCCUCGGCGCCAUAUACUUCCGCGACGCACCCGUCUGGUCGAAGCUCGCCACGUGGUUGGUUCCAAACGGGUACUUCUAGGAUCGGCCCGUGGUUGGGAUGACUACCACAUGCAGGUACUGCUACUAGACAGAGAGACGGAACGGAACGGGAUGUGGAAUAUUAGAGGCUUAUCCGGAUAGGGGUAUAGAAGGGGCGUAUGAACUACUAAGUACUACUACCACUGCCUACCUAACCUAUCUGUCAGGUUAGUAUUGUGACAGGUAGUUAGUUAGCUGGGUAGUUGGUGUUUGGCUGAGUGAGAUAUACAUACACAUCACAUCCCAGGCUUGUAUCAUCAUAUCAUCACACAGACAGCCAACUCACUCAUAGAUUAGCACACGGGGAGCCUUUGGUCCCCUUUUCUUUUUGUUGUUUUUUCUGAGGGAAGGCUUUGGGGGGGGUUUUUUUUUAUGUAUUGGAGCUUUGUUUUGUUCUUCUCUUAACAUGUACCUACCUAAACUUUUAUGUAUUGUUAGGUUAUUACAAACAUUAGACAAGGAGAGGAGGAUUGGGAGCUCCAGCCUGGUCAUAAACCACAUGGCAGGAAACACAUCACAUGUAUGUAUGUAUGUACUGUAGCAUUAAACAAUACUAUGAACACACGUGCAUACCUA